CGUUGGCUGGCGCGCGCCGGAGAUGAACCAGCUCCCCGGAGGAGGGCGAAGAAUCGAGCGGCAGUAGGACCCGCCCGAUCGCGGAGCGCUCAUCCCUCUCUCGGAGGCGGCCGCGCGGGGAAGGCGAGCGCUGCAGGAGCCAGGGCGGAUAGCGGCCGCGGCUGGUUGAGAAGCAAGUCGGCGAGAGGCAGUGGAAGGGAUGGAUUGAUGGUUAAAGAUGGAGAGAGGCAGAGGAGGAGGAGGAGGAAGGAGUGUGGGGGGCUCUGGCCUACACAGGAGCAUUUACUCCCAGUCCCAGCAGCAGUAUCAUUAUCCUGCCUCCUCUUCUCAGGCGGGCUGCAUGGAAAUCCAGGAGCUGGCGUCCAAAAGAGUGGACAUCCAAAAAAAGAGAUUUUAUCUGGACGUGAAGCAAAGUUCCCGAGGCCGUUUUCUGAAGAUAGCCGAAGUCUGGAUAGGAAGAGGCAGGCAGGACAAUAUCAGAAAAAGCAAGCUGACUCUAUCUUUAUCAGUAGCUUCUGAAUUGAAAGAUUGCCUGGGUGAUUUCAUAGAACACUAUGCCCAUUUGGGCUUGAAAAGCAGCCAGAGUCACCGGAAUGACCAUGCUAAUGGCAAAGAACAAGAUUCAAGAAGACGGCAACACCAUCAACUACCCUCGCCUCCAGCUUCAGUGGGAUCUGAGGAACAUCUUCACAGCGUCUUAAAAACUGAAUAUAUUGAAAGAGAUAAUAGGAAAUAUUACCUAGACCUAAAGGAGAAUCAACGUGGACGUUUCUUAAGGAUUAGACAAACCUUGAUUAGAGGACCUGGCAUGAUAGGAUAUUUUGGUCACAGUUUGGGGCAGGAACAGACUAUUGUCCUUCCAGCACAGGGAAUGAUUGAAUUCAGGGAUGCUUUGGUCCAACUUAUUGAAGAAUAUGGGGAAGGAGACAUAGAAGAAAGGAGGAGUGGAGGGGAUGAUCCUCCUGAACUCCCAGAGGGGACUUCCUUCAGGGUAGACAACAAGAGGUUUUACUUUGAUGUGGGAUCUAACAGGUAUGGUAUUUUUUUGAAGGUAAGUGAAGUGAGGCCUCCAUACCGUAACACCAUAACUGUCCCAUACAAAGCAUGGACAAGAUUUGGAGAAAACUUUAUCAAGUAUGAAGAGGAAAUGAGGAGAAUUUACAACGGCCAUAAAGAGAAAAGAAUGGAUAUCAGAGGAGACAGUGGAGAAGAACAAGAAGGUCUUGAUUAGAAUGUUUUUCAAUGGGCCAAGAAUCAAAGCAGAGAAAUGCCAGGAGGUACUGAUAUGUAAUGGCUGGAAGAAGUUGCCUUUCUUUUUGUAGGUUCUUCCCUGUUAUUAGAUAAUUCCAAUAUAUGGGUCUGGUUUUCAUGUUAAAUUACACCCAGCAACUUCUCUGGUUUCUUAUAGGAACAAUUAAUUACCCUGUGAUUCUAAUUCUUAACCUCACAAGUUUAUCAAAUAUGUAUAAUACCACUAACUCUGUUGUAAUCUUUAAAGAAUAUAUAUAAGAUUUGUGUUGCAGUAUAACAUGAUGCAAAUAAGCCAGAUGGAAUUGAUGUGUUGUAAUAGUAACCAAGAGCAUUUAUGACCAAAACUGACCUUUAAAUUUUAAAUGAUUGUAUUGGGAAAGGUAUAUUUAACUAAGUAAAUCUGCUCGUUACAUUAUGAUAAAAUAUUUUAAAGGGAGGAAGAAUUGGCCAGUGAUUAAUUUCAUCAUUGAUUAGGUAUGGGUACCUAAUCAUAGGAUAACCCAGUAAUUUAAGUGACCCUCUCCAAAAGAUAUAUCUAUGUUUAAUGUUGAUCAUGUCAUCCCUUCUGUAUGGACUGUUGACAUCUUGUGAGGAGAGCUUAUUUGAAUAGUACAAAUCUCAAAACUAUUUUUAUAUUUGUCCCCACAAGUGGUUCUAGGAAGUUGCUGUGAUGUGGGAAUUUGGUAGAUGAAUAAUGGUUGGAAUUAAAAUUCUAAACAGGAAGGUUAAAUGUCUACAGUGUGGAAAAACAUUAGAAUAAUUUCUGAUUUAUCUUCAAAAAAUGCUUUGAAAGAUUUUGGUGCAUCAGUUAGUUGGUAUCCUGCAGAUCAGAUUUCACAUUGGUGCAAUUGAAAUAUUCAGUAAUAGCUAUUGAUCUUAUUUUGAAAUCUUAGCUCUUAAAUAUUUAUUUCAAAUUAUAAUCUGUAUUUUAAUUUUGCUAAAUAUUAACCCAGGUUUAAAAAUAUCAAGAAAAUGACUGGAGAAGCCUGUGUUAGGUAGCUAAUAGAUGAUUUAUCAUGAAACAGAAAUGAAAUAUACAUUUGUUUGUUUGGCAUCAUUUCAGACUUCAAUUAUCUAUAUUUAAAUGGGAAUAUAAUGAACUGAAUACAGUGAAACUAAAUACAAUAUUGCAUCAAUAUGGCAAGGGUUGUGCUGUAAAUCCCAUUUUAAAUUGGAGUUCAGAGUGCCAAAGCUUUUGCUUUUGACCUUGAUACUGUGUAAGCUAUUUCUAUGUUGAAACCUAGUACUCUUUCUUUAAAAGAACUAGAUUGGUUGGUUCAGUCUCUAUUCAUUUCUUUUUCAUAUCCAGGCGCUCUAUUAGCCAAGGAACAUUAUUUUCUAGUUUCAGUUGUCUUCUUCUUGAUAUUUCCAUUUCAGCACCAUUUUAAAACUAUGCUGUGACCUACUUUCUCAAGGAUUGUUAGUAAAAGUGGAGAUCAUAGCCUUGAAUUUAAUUUGGUGUGAAAAGUUGGCCAAAUGCUUUUAUUUAGAAAAAAAAAGAAAAAAGAUUGCACCAAAAUCAUCAAAGGAACUUUAGAAAUGUGUGCUCUAGUUAUGACAAAGGAAAAGAAAAUUAAUUUCACUGUUUUAGGUGAUUUACCCAAUAUUUGGAAAUUUGACCUAAUGAGUAUUUGGCUUUCAGAAAUAACUAAUAAUGUUAAUUGCAAACUCAAAUCUAGUUUUAAUUUUUCAAUUACUUAAUGGUCUAUGGGCCAGAGCAAGUCAUGAAAGAUUCUAAGUAAAUACUGGCAUGAAAGUAUAUGUUCUAAGGUGGAAAAUUAGAAGUAUAAUGUGCUAUUGUUGAUUUGAUAGCAGACUUGUAGUAAAUUGUCUAAGUCUAAAUUAUCAUUCUGCUGAAUUACUGAUGCACAUCCCAAUGCCUGUAGUAAUAGUAAUGUCCAGUUAUAGAACAUGGAAUCCAUGAAUGUAUGAAUUCCCGAUGCUCACAUUUUCCCAUCUCUUGCCUUUCUAUUUUUCCUAUUUCAUCAUAUAUAACAGGUUUUGUUUAAAAAAAACUCACCAAUUGAUACAUUUUAUGGAAACUUUACCUUAUCAAAUUUAAAAGAAACAAACAUAUUAAUGUUCUAUUUUUGGUGUUUGAAGAAUGAAUUUCUUCUACAGCUUUUGUUUAACAAAUAGAUAAAAUGUUAUCUAUCACUACAGUAAAAAUGUACAUUAGUUAAUAUACUGGCCUGUACAGGUUUGCACUACUUUAUCUUGUUUUUGUAUUGAGCCAGGUAGUCAGCAGUCCCUGUUUAUAUGGUUGUGUUCCCCCAUCCCAAAUUUGUGUAUUCCGGUGCCACUAAAUAAGGUUCUGUUUUCCUCUGUAUAUAGGCACACAUUGCCAUGUUUUUCAAAUCAACUAAUGACUUAAACACAGAUGUGAGCAUCUGAGAGGGAUUACACAUGAGCCUAUAUAUAUAUAUUCAUCUUAUUAUUGGACAUAACUGGAUGUGUUUAUAUCUUUAAACCCAAGGAUUAUAUGAUCCAAUUUAUAUUGGUAAUAGUUGAAAUGGUCAAUUGGGAAAAAGUUUCUCUUUACAUCUGACAGUACAUGCACUUCUUUGGAAAGUGGCAAUAACAUGUUAAAAGCUUGCAGAAGGAUCUGUUAUGAUGUAAAGAAAUAUUCUUUGCAUCCCAAAAAUGCCAUAUCCCUUAAACUUGAGGAAAAAAAACUCUAGCUUAUUUGCACUAAAAAAGCGUGGCCAAAAACAAUUCUAGGAGGGCAGGGUGGACAUAAUCAAUUUGUACCUCUUGAAUUAUUUUAUGUUAAAGCCCUGACCUCUCUUUUAAAACUGUAUGGUCCAGACAGAAAGUCUGUCAGUUUUGUGAUUUCGUAAUGAUGCACUUUAUAUUUUAAAAAUAAUAGAAGCACAUUUCUGAUACUGGUCUGGUACAGUGUGUUUCAGUAUAGUAUAAAAUGGUCUUCUGCAUGCAUGUCUGUCAGUGAUUUGUUACAAGGACUAGAUCAAAUUACAUGGGCAUGAUCAAGAAGAAUAGGCACUACACUACAACGAAUUAUGAGACAUCAAGGGCAUGUAUUUUUUUAGAAUUGUUGAGUCCUGCUCUCUCUAGAUUUACAUAAUCAACAUUCCUGAAACUCAAAUACUUUAACGUAUUUUUAAAGAUUCCUGCAGCCUAUGUAGUUAUUUGUUAAAUAACUCUGUCUUAUCUUUUAAACUGUUGCUGCAUAAUUCCUCUCUGACUAAAAGAAUUAUUUUAGAGAUCUAGAUUUUUGUGGCAGCUAGGUAAGUUAGUAGGAGGCAAUGUGUAUGACAGUACUUCAAUAAUGUAGCCUUUCCCCCAAACUUAAAACAUAACAUAAUAUAAAGGCUAUUAUGACAGACUACCGGUUAUUAUAAGAAAAUUUCCAUAGCAUAAAUCAGAAAAUGAAAAAUUUGCAGAAGGAUUAUUUAGAUUAUUUAUGAACUAUUUAGGUUCAUAUAUAUGGGAAGCAAAUAUAUCAGUGAUUCAUAGGUACUAUUAGUAGUGUACACAAUAGUGGCUAGUGUUAACAUAGCUUUUUCUUCAUGUGUUCUUUUAAAAUAUCAUUCCAUUAUUUUCUUUUAUGCAAUAAUAAUUUCACCUUUAGCAUCAGGUAAAUAGGAAGUGCUAUUAAUUCCUUUCCCUGAUAAACAAGGAAGAAAUUAUUAUAUCAUGUUAACAGAAGACAACCUAUGUCCCUUGACUUCCUUUUUUGCCGUUGUUGAAGUCUGCUCUGACAAAGAUUGUAGAAGAUAGAAAAUAACAUAAUUUCUUAACUUUUUCCUCGAAGAAAUUUUUGAAAACUGCAAUCUAAGCCCUAUGUUAUUUCACUUAUAAAAGUGAAAAGUAUUUAGAAGUAUAUGCCUUCUAAAUAUGUAGAUUUGCAAUUCAUACGUUAAUUAUUCUUAGGAUAAUUCUCCUAUAUAAUUUUAACCUCAACUUAUCUGCAAAACAUGUCCAUGAGAGGGCUGAGAAGGCUUAGUAAACAGACCAGUUUGAACAAUCUUUGUCCAGAUACUUGCUCAGUUCCAAAAAUGAGAAAGAAACUAUAUACAAGAUACAAAGCAUGCUUAUAGUUGUUUUAGUCAUAACAUCCCUUUUUCCAAUAAUUAAAAUCACUGCUAGCUGGUCCUCCAUAUACCUAUUCAUGCAUGUUUUUCUAGAUGUAUCAGUACCCAACAUUGAUCUGUAUGUGUCAUUAUACCUGCCUUCAUCUAGCAAAAGACAGUGUGAACUUGGUCAGAAGCUUUAAUACCUGUUUGUAGAAAUGUUGACUGUAUUAUAAAUGUUAUAAAUGUUAUUUGUGUGUAUGUGUGUGUAUAUAUAUAUAUGUGUGUGUGUGUAUAUGUAUAUAUACAUACAUACACACCCAAGAAGUUUCCACGAAGUUCAUAUCCUUUAGUUUCAAAAAGGCAUGUUUGAAACAGCUGCUAUUAAAUAAAACUAUGAGAUUUAGUUCGCUGAGCUAUGUGAUCUGUUGUUUGAAACUUUGGUGUGUUUUUAAAAUACGACAGGAUUUUGGUACAAAACAUGGAGUCCAUAGUCUCAGUGGAACUGAAAAAUACAAUAGCAAGAAAAAAUAAAAGUGGUCUUAAAAUAGAAAGAGCAAUAUGAAGAUUGAAUAUUUGACAUUGUACGAAGCAUUUGAAGGCUUCACCAAGUGCACUGUCAAAGUAUCUCCACAAAGUAUUGAAGCAGCUCUUACUGCUUAAAAGACAAAGCAAAAUGGCUGUGUCUGCAUAUGGGAACGUCUUUGAAACAGUCCUGCUGAACUUUCAGCUGCCUUCAGUUUCUAAAACAUCAGUUUAUUUUGCAUAUAAUGAUGGAUAAAACAAUUUAUUUAAUGCUUUAAUUGCAGAAUUAAAUUAUACUGAAAUUUAUUUGAAAUAAAUAUAAUCUCCAAAAAUAAAAUAAAAUACCCCUCUUUAAAUAUCCAUUUGGAAUGGGAAUUGUACAUGAUUAUGACAGUGUGUCCUUGGUAGUACAAUUGUAUUUUCUCACACAAAAAAAUAAUUAGCGUAGUUCAGGGCUAUUAAUUAACUUCAUUAUAAACCAUAAAUUUGGAUAAAUGAAUAUAAUUCUGUAUUGUUCCAUCAUACUUUUAUGACUGGUUAUGUACAUAGGAUGUAACAUUUAAAUGUUUUUCAUAUUUUCUGCUGAUAAGUAGAAUUACAUUAGCAACAUCGCUGAAACUUAAAUGCUUCGUAUUUUUAAAGAUUCCUGCAGCCUGUAUAGUUUUUGGUUAAAUAUCUCUGUCAUAUCUUUUGCAAUGUCGCUGUAGAAUCCCUUUACUAAAAAUAUUAUUUUGGGGAUCUAGAUGUUUGUGGCAGCUAGGCAAGUUGGUAGGAAGCAAUGUGUAUGACUAUACUGUAAAUAAUGUACCCUUCCACACCCCAAAACAUAACUUUAAAAGCUAUUAUAGUUCUAUUGAAACUAUUAAAUGAAAUUGUUUUUUUCCAUCUCAUAAUUUGCACCAUCAUCUCUAUUUUAUAAAUGCAUUCAAAAUUA